AUGCUUCUCGACUAUUUCUCAAGCUGGUUUCUCCCGUCUAUCAUCGUUAUUCUGUUAGCUUACUGCAUACACAAUAAGCACGGCUACGGCAUCUCCAAGAUUCCUGGACCGUUUCUUGCUGGGUUUUCGGAUCUAUGGCGUACUAUUUUAGUAUGGAGGGGUCAUCCUCAUCUCUAUCACGUCAAACUGCACGAGAAAUAUGGAUCUGCAGUGCGACUAGGCCCGAAUGUGGUAUCUAUCUCAGAUCCAGAGGCCAUAAAGACCAUAUAUGCGAUCAACUCAGGCUACGUAAAGUCUGGUUUUUACCCUGUACAGCAGACUAUCACGAAAGAAGGGGACUUUCUACAAGGAAUGUUCAACACGGUGGAUGAGAAGUAUCAUGCCAAACUUCGACGAGCUGUAUCAAAUGCCUACGCGAUGAGUACUUUAGUUCAGUUUGAACCACUUGUCGAUUCAACUUCGAGGGAGUUCCUGAAGCAGCUAUCCGAACGUUACGCUGAUAAACCAGGAGCUGACGGCAUUUGCGACUUUGCUACUUGGCUUCAAUACUAUGCUUUCGACGUUAUCGGAGAGCUAACAUACUCGAAGCGAUUGGGAUUUAUUGACUAUGGUGAGGACGUUGAUCAUAUCAUUGGUGAUGCCGAAAGGACUCUCAAAUAUUUUGCGGUCGUUGGUCAGAUGCCAAUACUCGAUAGUCUGUUCCUGAAGAAUCCAGUUCGGUUGCUACUCAGUCGUCUCGGAAUCAUGAACGCAACCUCGCCUGUUGUGACAUUCGCUCGGCAGCGUAUGAAGAGUCGCCUCGUCGGACCAAAGAACAUAGCAGAAACGCAGGGCAAGUCUGCGUCAGGGAAGCGAGAUUUCCUUGCUCGAUUCAUUGAGGCAGGGGAGAAGGACCCGCAGUUCAUAAACCCCCAGCGGAUACUCUCCUUGACUGUCGCCAAUAUGUUCGCUGGGUCGGAUACUACGGCUAUAUCAUUGCGUUCCAUUUUUUACAAUUUGCUGAAAAACCCAGACAAGCUUAAUAAGCUGCGGGCCGAGUUUCAGGAGGCAGAGGGAAACGGGGUCUUCCGCGAGGAUAGGCUUGUUCGCUGGGAAGAAUCUCAAAAGCUGCCCUAUCUUGAUGCUGUCAUUAAGGAGGCACUGCGCAUCCACCCCGCCGCAGGACUUCCGCUAGAGCGAGUUGUGCCACCUGGGGGAGUUCAACUGUGCGGUUAUUUCCUACCAGAGGGAACUAUUGUUGGGUGUAAUGCAUGGACAGUCCAUCGCAGCGCAAAGAUUUAUGGACCUAAUACCGACGUUUUCCGUCCGGAGCGUUGGCUGGAGGCCUCCGAAGAGGCCAAGUCACUUAUGAGUUCUUCGCUCUUCACAUUCGGUGCAGGAGCUAGGACUUGCGUUGGAAAAAACAUCAGUUAUUUAGAGAUGUAUAAGUUAGUGCCGUCUAUUCUACGGACAUUUGAGGUCACUCUCGCACACCCUGACAGGGAAUGGAAGACUGAGAAUAUCUGGUUUGUCAAGCAGAGCGCUUUCGAUGUGCGAUUUACAACUAGGCCCCGUGACAGGGCGGCUCCAUACUGGUAA